AUGGAAUGGGAAGCCGCAGCCGAUCCAGACGACAUUAACUCGGCGGACGUUAUGGCCGAAGAGGAAGCCAUCAUCGAAGGCAUCGCCAUCAUCAUGACGCAACUUGAGAAUGGUGCGGCAUCUUCAAAUGACACAGUAGUAACGGAAGUUUCUGAGAAUUUGGACGAAACUUAUGAUGAUAGUUCUGAAAACACUCCAUCCUAUGGAGAAGAAACUUCUGAUGAUUCCGAGGCAGAAUCAACCGAAGGUGAAGAGACUUCAAUCUCUGGAGAAGAGAGUUCUGAUGAUGAAGUGGCGCCACCUCCUCCCAUAGAAGGGAAUCCUCAAGGAGGUUGCUGUUCGUUCUGCUGCCCAGGAGUCUGCUGUUCGUAUGGAGGUCAUCCAUGGGGUCCAUGGGGUCCAUGGGGUCACGGCGGUCGGAGAAGACAUCACCGAAGUAGGGGUCGCUUCCAUGGAAGAGGACAUCGUCGAGGAUAUCGCCGCGCUAAUUUCGGAUAUUAUUAUGACCACCCUAAUCAAUUCGGAUAUCAGUAUGGCAACUACCUUAAUCAGUUCGGUCCGUAUAACCACCACUUCAAUCAGUUCGGAUCUCAGUAUCAACAGCAACCUCAUCAUUUCGGCAAUCCGUAUUACUACUACUAA